AGCGCCCGACAGGGGAAGAAACCGAACUCUCGCUUUCAAUGUUGGUUCGUUGUUGAAAUAAUCAUUGCAGACUGUUUCCCAACAAACAAAAACUCAACAUUGCAUCACUGUGAUCUGCGCGGAAAAUUUCCCAGGAAAAUUUCCUUCCCAUUCUUGGGUUUUACUCAAUUUGGUGAGCCCAUUUGAGAUUUCAGUUUUAUUUCUUUUUUCGAUUUUUAGUUUUCAUUGUUUCCUAAAAGGGUUUUCUAUCCUGUAAUUUUUCAACACGAGAACCCAAGAUUGUUUGAAUCCAUAGAGGCAUAAAGUUUUGUGCCCUGAGCUUCUUUGGAUUUAAAUGGAAGAACAAGGGCCUGGACAACCACCUGUAAUGGGGUCAGUGAGUAGUGCUGCUCACUUGCCAUAUGGUUCAAGCCCUUAUCAACCUAAUCAAGUGACAGGGACUCCCAUGCUUGGAUCAACAGUCACAUCUGUUGGAGCAGUUCAAUCUUGUAGUCAGCCUGGAGCUCAGCUUGCACAACACCAGCUUGCCUAUCUACAAGCCCAUCAUCAACAGCAGCAGCAAUUAGAGGAGCAACUCCACUCUUUUUGGGCAAAUCAGUACCAAGAAAUUGAGAGGGCUAAGGAUUUCCGGAACCACAGUCUUCCUUUGGCCAGGAUCAAGAAGAUUAUGAAGGCAGAUGAGGAUGUAAGGAUGAUAUCAGCUGAGGCACCAGUCGUAUUUGCCAGGGCAUGUGAGAUGUUCAUCUUGGAGUUGACUUUGCGAUCAUGGAACCACACAGAGGAGAACAAAAGGAGGACACUUCAAAGGAAUGACAUUGCAUCAGCAAUCACACGUACUGAUAUUUUUGACUUUUUGGUGGACAUUGUGCCAAGAGAGGAUCCAAAAGACGAAGCACUUACAUCAACCCCAAGGGAAAAUGCCCCUGCUGGGGCUUCUGCCAACGCAGUUCCUUACUACUACAUGUCAGCCCCGCACUCAGCUCAGGUUGGAAAUCCUGAUAUGAUCAUGGGCAAGCCUUUGGUGGACCCAACCUUGUAUGCUCAACCAUCUCACCCCUACAUGACUCAACAAAUCUGGUCACAAAUGCCACAACAACAACAGUCACCCUAAGAUCUAUUGUGGCUGUGGUAUACAAUAAAUAUCAGUCAAGAGCAUGGUUCAUCAAAACAUGUUAAUUUCAGCAGAUAGAGUGUGAGGCCUUCAAUCAUUAGUUGUGUGGCAAAGUGUAAGCUGCAAGAGGCAAAGUUUGUGAAGAAUAUAUUUGAACAGAAUAGCCAUCUUGGUUGUACCAGCAUUUACUGUUUUUUCUGUUUACCUUUACCAAUUAGCAAGGGAUUUUACCCAGUUGAAGAAGUGUGAAAAAAUGACAAUUACUGACAUGAUUCAUGUUUCUGCCUUGGUAGUCGAACAAUUUUGGGUUGUAAUUUCCUGGAACAAGCCAUAUUUUUUUUCCUCAAAAUUGUAUGUUUGUUGGCA